AUUUUGCUUUCCCAGUGCAAGGAAUUGAUCAAAGUGCGUGGAUUUCAGGUGUCACCUCCAGAGAUUGAAGGAACGCUCUUGACCCACCUUGACAUCAUUGAUGCCGCUGUAAUUGGAGUGCGCUGUCCGCCCGAGGGUGAGGAGCAUCCACGCGCAUACGUUGUUUUGCGGCAGGGAUCAAGACUAGAUGCUGAGACAGUCAAGCUUUACGUUUGUGAGCGGCUUGCAAAAUACAAGGAAUUGACGGGUGGUGUCACGUUCACCGAUCAGAUUGCAAAUAAUGCUUGA